AUGGCGCUAUUACGUACUUGCACGGCGCUUGCGGUCGGAACAAUUUCGCCUCCCUUUUUGUAUUACAGCAUUGUGAUAAGGUCAAUGGGUGAAUUUGGGAAGCGGACCAUACCAUAUUACAGACCGAUAUCCAUGGGACAGAGAGCCGCCAAGCACAACAUGCAGGCGGGCGUACGACUAUAUCAUCAACGGCACCAUGCGCAGGCAAUUCAUAAAUGGAGGCAAGCCCUGCAUCGGUUGACAAAUGCGGAGGAUCGUUUCAUAACGCUUGGCUAUCUGGCCCAAGCAUUCUGCGACAGUGGCGAGUUCGAGGCAAUGCUUCACUAUGCACUUCAGCAAAUGGAACUUGCAAACGAGCGUCACGACGAGUACAUGAAGAGCGAGGCGUUCCUCAACCUUGCCAAAGCUUAUGAAAGGCUCGCUGACUUCAGCAAGGCGUUGAGUUACGGCAAAGCAAGUUUGCAACACCCAAGCAUGGACCCGCGAACGCCAGGAUAUGCCCAUCUAGCAAUAGCUUGUGCUCAUCUGGGCUUCAGCCAAUUCCAAAAUUGUCUGGAAGCAUUUGAACAAGCGAUGAAUGUCGCAAAUGAGACUGGCGAUAAGCUGCUCGAGCUGCAAAUUUGCGUUGGACUUGGCUCGUUGUUUAUGUUAUUAAGAGAUUUGUCAAAAGCGCUGAUUUUUCUACGGAAUGCUAUGGCUAUAAUUCAGUCUGUCACAGUUGAUGACGUCCAUGCGAAAUAUAGGUGUACCAUUCUCUACCACCUCUCAGUGGCAUUGCGGAUGCGUGGAUCACUGGUCGAGGCAAAAGAGGCUUGCGAUGAAGCUCUACAGCUGGCUUCGGAGACGGGUAAUCGAGCACUCCAUGCCCGAUGCAUGUGCAGCCUAGCUGACAUAUACAGAGAGUUGGGAGAGUCCGAGGCAAAAGAAACAAUAACAAAGUCCUGGGCUCGCUACGAGGAGGCAUACCGCGUUCUGCGGGCGUCUCAGGAUCGAAUGGGCGAGGUGCUGGUGCUGGCCAGCAUGGCCAAGAGUGCAUCCGAGAGUCGCUCUCACUACACUGGACAAUGCGAGUGCCAAGCCAUUCAGCUGAAUAAGAAAUGCCUCGAUAUUGCGCGGACGCUCGGAUGCAAGCACGUCAUGCUCAAAUGCCACACGCGACUCGCCGAUCUGUACUCGCAGUUGAACGACGAAGAUAGCGAAGAAGUGGCCAGGAGGGCGGCUAGUCAACUCACGCAAGAAAUGGAGCUAUUCUGCAAUUUCUGUGGGCAAAGGUAUGGACUAAAAGACGAAAGUCUGCAAGCGCUACGAUGUUCACAUGUCUUUCAUGAAAGAUGUCUUCACACAUUCCUUUUGGAGCGCGAGGAUCAAACGUGUCCAAAAUGUCGGUGUCGAGCAAUUGUAUCGGAUAAUAUCUCGAUGAGAACGCCAAGCAUUUGCUCCACUGUGGAUGCACAAUCUCCCAGCACUUCACAAAUGGCAGUUCCAUCCGGUGGAGUGAAAACACCACUUGUAGCCGCUGCUGCUGAGCUUGGCGAUACUAGGCCGCAGUCCACUUUGACGAGGGCUUCAGUGAGACAAGCCGAGAGAGAUAUAGAUCGCUUGGACCGCACGUUGGAUCGGAUAGAAAGUCGCAACGAUACAAGCACUUUGAGAAAAACAAAACCUCCUCCACCUCCGCGGAAGCCCUGUUGCUCGAAGGAUGGUUUACCACCAUCGUCAGUUGUGUCUUUACCGCCACCGAUGCCGCUUUCAGAGACUGGGCCACUUGUCUACUCGCGGGCACCUACCAUUACCGAUGUUUAGUCCACCUAGGAGAUGUAUUAACCUUAUAUUUUCCGGUUACAUUUCCACACGAGUGCGAAUCACAGCGUGUGUACUCGAUUUUUCUCGAAAAAUCUAUGUUGACCAAAUCGCGAAUGUCCCCUGAAUUAGGCUAUGUUCGUAUAUAGAACAUUGUCGUGAUAUUUCUGCCACUGCCUUGUGCCCACACAGUCUGCGCCCCGAACCCUUUCAUGCCCGUCUACCUUUCAAUCGUUCACAAUUCGCGCAAGUCUAUCUCCUUUCCCAAAAGCCAUUCGCAUUCAUAUUUUGUAACUCUUCUGUAGACCGAUGUGCAUCUCUUCAUCAUUCACUUUUCUCGAACAAUCAAAGUCGAACGCUCACGUGCCCUAUUUGUAUACAAACUCUACCACUAGGUAAUGAUGAAAGUCCCUGCAGA